GUACGUGAGCUAUGCCGUCAGAAGAUUCAAGAAAGAGGAGUUGAAAAUAUCACUGUUAUGGAAUUGGUCGCCGAAAUUACUCCGAGAGCACGCCAGUUCAUGGGUAGCAGUGAUACUCUUGAAAAUGAAUUGAGCGAUGACGGCUCGUCCACAUACGAUCUGUUAACCGUUGCUGCGUCCAUGUUCAUCAUCUUUGGUGGAAUGAUUCCUUUCUACUGUCAACACCAAGAGAUACUGAGAACGAAAAAUUUUCGCGGAUUUUCUUUGUUCGUUUGUUUGAACUUGAUCAUCUCAAACUGUCUGCGAAUCAUGUUCUGGUAAGU